AUGGAUCUCGCCUACGAUCAUAUAGCCGAGCAAUCGUUUACUCCUGGAGACCGAGCCACCACACCUACACCUUCCGGUGGUAAUGCGUCCUCCUCUCACCCUUCUCAAGAUGGCGUGAACCCCAAAGCCAGCCUUCCGGCCGCAAGACCCAAUCUCCAGACCGAGUUCCAAGAGACCUUCAAAGCCUUGUCCAACUCUCCCUGGGGAGCGAAAUUCGGUGGAUUCUGGGGGAAUGUAAGAAAACAAGGAGAAUCUUAUUAUGAAGAGGCCCGGAAGGAGGCCGCUGAAGUAGCCAGCGAAGUGGAAGCGUUGCGGACGAAGGGACUGAAAGGAUUGGGGUUUGGCGGAGAUAAAUCCCAAGACAGGAGGCAGGGAGCGUCACCGGAAAGAGAAGCAGAGCCAACCAAGACUACGGAUGAGGGCCAACACCACAAAGAUCUCCAUGAAACCGAGUCCUUCCUGGAACGAUUCAAGGCCGAGGCGGCAAAGCGAUUGAAAGAUGUGCAGAAGGCAGAAGAUGCCGCCGAUGAAGCACUCUUGAGAUUUGGCACGAAUAUUAGGAACUUUCUGAGAGAUGCAGUGGCAGUGACUGCCCCGGAUGACGAGGGACUUACAAGCCGUCAACCUGGCGAAGUGCUGUUUGAAAGCAAAGACCCCCGUUCUGGAAAGAGAGUCAUCCAUACGAGCAGGUUCGAUGCCCAGUUACAUGUCAUCCACACUACUUCAGCGAGCUUUACACAAGAUCCACGUGGGGCUGGUGGUCAAUGGGAUGAGUUUAAACAAGGAUUUGAUAUUGAUAAGAUGACGGGCCGAAUCGCGGAGGAUUUGGACAAAUAUAACGAGCUGAGAAAUUGCAUGGAGAAGCUAGUGCCAGAAAAGGUGGAAUAUAAAGAUUUCUGGACGAGAUAUUAUUUCCUCAAACAUGUGGUGGAGGUUCAAGAGGAGAAGAGAAAGGAGCUCCUGAAGGCAUCAGCGAACGACACCGAGGAAGUCGGCUGGGAUGAGGAUUCUGAUGAUGAUCGAGAAGCCUCUUCUACUCCCCAACUCCAGGAAACCCAGGGACCACCGCCUAAACUUUUGGUUGCACAAAACACAAACGAUUCAUCAACUACGAUACAUCAGACACCCGUGUCGGCUGACGCAGGCUCUCUCAAACCCGAGAUUUCGGGCCGCAGAUCGCAUGAUGAAAAGUCGGUGGCAGACAGUGAUGCCAGUUAUGAUCUCGUUAGCGGAGCGACAAGCCGAGCUCCAGGUAGCCCGAAAGACGACGCGGGUAAAUCAUCUGCGAAGGUGGAAGAAAGUGACGAAGAGGAUUGGGAAUGA